AUGGCGAAACCCUCACUUUCGCCAGCACAAUGGCGUCAAGCAUGCCGCGCUAUUAAUCCGAACGUGCACGGCGUGUGUGAUACGAGGUUGUCAGCCCGCGCAGCUCCCGCCAUCAACAAUGUGACCGCAGCUACGACAACGAAACGACCGUUUUACACUACCCAACCUCGAUCGAUCGCUGGCGGAAGGAAGACACCACACCUUCACAAUGGUAGUCUUCAAAGGGCAACAAGCAGGGUACUAAAAAGCAAACAAGGCGUGCAUCUGGACCGUGAUGGCUUUUUUAAUCUGAAGUCCGGAGCAGAUGUGGCUAAGGUGGUCAGAGAGUUCCAAGACAGUGUUAAGGAGACAUAUGAAGCUGCUAGUAGCAUUCUGCCUCCUGGCAUUGGCCUCACUUCGUUCAAAUCUGUGGGCGAGCGGUUGCUCAAGGCGAUUCACGCUGGUCACCCCUCCGCGGCAGCUAUUCAAAGUAUCUCUAUAGGUAAUUUUUGCUCUUAUCCUUCCUUUGAGACAACAGUCGGAGACAAAAGUACUGACCAAUGGAAUUUCCCUGUCAUAGACGUUGACGCUGUCUACCGAAUUGGGCACGUCGUCGCCGGCCGCAAUUUCGUCUUCCGGGAAUGGAUCCAGAGUGCUUGCGCAAAAGCAGGGUCCCGUCGAGCCGUUGUUUUCCUCGUGUCCAGAUACAUGCGCCUCGACGGUAUUGAUAUUCACCGAAAUAACGAGUGGACCACGCAGGUCCAGGAGCUUGCUCUCAAGGAGGACUUCCCGCCCGCGCUCCUGGUCUGGGCAGAGCUUCUGACCUGGCGUGGCCAGACCAAAGAAGCCAGCAAGAUCUUGGAGGAGAGAGUCCUUCCAUUCGUCCAAAGCACACGAAGCAUCCCCAAGCCGUGGACGGAUCUUACCCUGGAUGGGACUGUCUCCUCGCCCUGGCGACUCUAUGCUCUUGCUAAUGCCGACGACACGGAGAAGGUGAAAGAGGCCAUUAAUCGUGCUGCGUUGGAAUUUGGCGAGCCCGUUGCUUUGACUGAGCUGGCGAUAGAUGCUCUUGCCAAUCGGCAAGUGGGAGACGAUUUCAUAAAGACAUUCAUGGACACAGACAAGAAUGCGUGGGAGGCAUUUGAAAAGUACGAACAGUACAUGAGCAUGGCUGCCACAGCCGGACACGAUAAAGCUUGCUUCUAUCUUGCCAACUGGUACUAUCUAAUAUCACAAGGCUGGAUCGACAGCCCUGAAGCGAGGGCGACUAAGAUAAGGACGAGAGACUGGGAGAUGUCACGGCAGGACGAUUGGAAUAAUCCCUGGAAGAAAUACAACCCUUUCUUUCUGAUACCCAUGUUUUUUUCCAGGUGGAACAAACCUAUGGAGCGCAGUGAAUAUCGCAAACUCUCAAUGGACUGGCAUGAACUUGCCUUGCAAAGAGGGGAUAACCCGUCAUCUGCUCUGAUUCUGGCAUUACUUUUCCGUGAAGAUGGCCUCAUGGACGAGAGUCGCAAGAUGUACGACCAAGCUGCUGCUUUCGGUCUUCCAAUGGUGCUGCCGAGGAAGGGAUUGAUCGAGUUGGAGGACAAUUGGGACAAUCCGGAGUAUACUCCGCCCAUGAAGAAGAUCGCUGUAAAGCUGAUGCGGCUUUUCUAA